AUGAGGACGAUCGUUUUGCGUUUGAUCCGUCACAAAUCGUCUAUUCCCCAGACACGGUUCGUUUCUGCAUCAUCAAGUGGAGGGAGGUAUCUCUCGACAGACUCCAACAAAAUCGAUGAGCCUUUCAAUGUGGAAGAAGCAGAGACUGUUCAUGUUCCUCCACCUCCAACUGAAAAGCUGCUUGUCCUUGGUGGAAAUGGGUUUGUGGGAUCACAUGUCUGUAAAGAAGCUUUAAAUCGUGGCUUAUCUGUCUCUAGCCUCAGCAGGUCAGGUAGGUCGUCUUUACAAGAGUCAUGGGCUACCAGAGUUACAUGGCAUCAAGGAAACCUUCUAUCAUCUGAUUUAUUGAAAGAUGCUCUUGAUGGAGUGACUUCUGUGAUCUCUUGUGUUGGUGGUUUUGGUUCAAACUCGUAUAUGUAUAAGAUUAACGGGACUGCAAACAUCAACGCGAUUAGAGCUGCAUCUGAGAAAGGUGUUAAGAGAUUUGUCUAUAUAUCUGCUGCUGAUUUCGGACCAGCCAAGUACUUGUUGAGCGGUUACUAUGAGGGAAAGCGAGCUGCUGAGACUGAGCUGCUCACAAGAUUUGCUUAUGGAGGGAUAAUCUUGAGGCCUGGUUUUAUUUAUGGAACUCGCAGCGUUGGGAACAUGAAGAUCCCAUUGGGAGUAUUUGGUUCACCCAUGGAGAUGGUUCUUCAACAAGCAAAACCGCUGAACCAGCUCCCAUUAGUCGGACCUUUGUUCACACCUCCGGUUAAUGUUGAAUCAGUUGCCAAAGUUGCGGUUAGAGCGGCGACGGAUCCAGUGUUCCCUCCAGGAAUUGUGGAUGUUCAUGGAAUACAACGUUACAGCCAACAGAAAUCAAGAUAA